UGUAUUGGCCACAACAAGCCAGAAAAGUGAAAGUCCGAUAUAUUUUAAGCUGUUUGUAUUUUUCAAGAAGGUUUUUAGCACAAACUUAUCAUGUCGGAAACGAUACCGAUAUUUCCGAAAGUUGGCAAUAUUUUAGUACAAAGUGGAAACAUUGUCAACUGGAAUAGAUUAAAGAGAAAACCAAAUAACACAUCAACAGAAGAGAUUUGUGAAUGUGUUUCAGUGUGUUUAAGUAAUUACCUAAAAAGAGCAGACAGAAAUCAGCUUCAGUAUGCUACAGAAUUAGUUUGUGAAAAUAAAGAAUUUAUUGAAUCAUUACCUGCAGAGAAGCGAGAUGAUCUGAAAAUCACUGUUAAAGUUGUUUUAUAUAACCGAGAAUCACCAGAAGUUUUAAUCGAUGCUGUUGAUAAGGCUCUGUCUGAUCUUGGUGUUAGUUUUGUAGAGACUGUUUUAUUAGCCAUUCCUGAUACUGAAAAUGAAAUUACUGUAGAAGAUAUCAAACCAUUCUGGACAGUUUUACAAACAUUAGUAGAACAAGAAAAAGUUUUCUUCCUUGGAAUAUGUGAUCUUGACAAAGCUCGCUUUGAACAGUUAUUUGAUUGGGCAACAGUUAAGCCAUGUAUAGAUCAAGUUAAUCUAGCAUCAUGUUGUGUCAUGCCAGAAGAUUUACGAGAUUUUGCCAAAUUACACAACGUGCAGUUAUUAACACAUAAUGAUCCACCAGAUGUUUUACCUCUUCAAUCUCUACAAGAUGCCAUUCGUAAAUCAAGUACAAGCAAGGAUGGAGAUAACUGGGAGCCAUCUUGGAUUUCACGCUACUCAACGAUAGUUAAAUGUAGAGGCAUAAUUUUAACGAAGGGCUAUGUCAUCAAUUUAACUCGAGACAUUAAACGAAAAUCAUAGAUAUCAUAUAGGUCAUCAUCUCUUUCAGUUAGUUUAAAAUAAAAGUGUUUCUAUGGGGUAUUAUAGGGAUAAUAGAAGCUCGCAGUGUCUGUUCUGUCUCUGGCAAUCAUAUUUUUCGCAAUGGAGUGACUUUUUGAAAAUGAAGAAAUGCUGCAAUUUGUGCAAAACUCUUCUGUUUCAUAUUGCACACUAAACCAUAGAACCGUUUAAUUUGUCAAGAGUGCUUUCCCUUUCAUUAAUCAAAAAAACCAAAUCAGACCAACACAAUUUAACAUAUUAUUUUGACCUUUCGAAGAAAACGGGGGACUAUUCAAAUAGGUUCAUCCAUCUGUCUGUCCGUCACUUUUUGGACACAAUAACUCUCUCCUAAUAUAGCAACAAUGUUCAAACUUGGUGUAGGUGUUUAUUACACUGUAAACCAGGUAAUCUAUUGUAUCUAGUACUAAUUUCUUUCACAUUUGUUUAAUAUCCAAUCUUUGUUUAAAAAUUCGUAAAAACUGUUUAAAAUCACCAUAAAUCGUUUAAUUUGUACUUGUGUCCAGUUUAAAGCUGACCAUUCAAUUUUGAUAAUGAGUGUCCAAUUUACAAGUGUUUAAUAUUUCAAUCACUAUUAAAAAAAUAAACAACCCAAUUGAUUAAUGAUGUAUAAUGAUUAAUUUUUGAACAGUGGUCAGGAAAUUAAAUACUUGGACACUCAUUAUCAAAAUUAAUCAGUCAGCUUUAAACUGGACACAAGUACCAAUUUGAUGAUUUUGGGUGAUUUUAAACGAUUUUUACAAAUUUUUAAACAAAGAUUUGAUAUUCAACGAAUGUGAAAGAAAUUAAUGCUAGAUACACAAGAUUAAAUGAUACCUGAUUUACAGUGAAUGCCUUGAUGGAGUUCGAAGAUGAGAAUUUUCUGUUAAGGGUAAGCAGAGAUAAGCAAUUUGAUUGGUUGAUGCUUUGGGACUCGAUAAAUUUAGUUCUAAUUAAGUGAGAGUGAUGAAACUUAGUGUAUAGUUUCAUUACAUCAAUACCUUGACUAAGUUCGAUAAUGAGCAUUUUCUGUUCAGGGUAAGCAGAGCGAUAAGCAAUUUGAUUGACCGAGUCUUUGGAAUACAAUAACUCUCUUUCGAAUUGAGGUAGAAUGUUCAAACUCGGUGUAGGUGUUGGUUGAUGCUUUGUAACACAAUAACUUUAUUUAGUUCUAAUUCAAGUUACAAUUUCAUAUUUUUAAGUUAUAUUUUUAAACAUGCAUUAUGCAAGAGCUAAAUCUGCCUAUUGCAGGUCUUUCUUUAGGCCUGAAAUGUUUUCUAAAGUAUUAAUUAGACAUUAACUGAUCCAGGCCUUAAUCAACUCUCGAUGGCAUCAGAGUUCUCCGAUAUUAAAUAGAUUAGAAUGGUUCAGCGAUACUUUGAUUUAAUCAAAUAUGGAGGACUGAGACUUAGUUUCGAUCAACCAGUACGGUGGUUGAAAUUAUUGCACACGUCUGUCAAACCUUCAAAGGCUAAUAUCGUCGCUUGCAAUAGAGUAAUUUGAAUGAAAUUUUCAAAUUAUUCAUUUUACAUCAUCGACUUUCGAACUAUUAUAGCAAGAAUGGCUAGUUCUUUAUCUAAAUCUUACAUAAUGUAUCUUUAAAAUGUAUUAAAAUAAAGCCCUAAAAUAAAUGGUAUCUUUAAACAUUUCUACCUUGUUAAAGAAUAAUCCUAUAAUUCACUAUUGCCAGUUGAGAAAUUGGCAAAAACAUCAUUUUCAACUUCAAAUUCAAACGUUUGAAGAUAGCUAUGCCAUGGAUGGUGGAGAAUUGGAAAACAAGGGGGGGAUGUGUAAUUGUGUUAUUAUUUCUGAUGUGAAGAUUUUUAAGUGUGAGAAAGAUAACCUAUGAUGGUAUAAUAGUGAAUUGACAACCUAUUGAGCAAAAGACAUAGAAAUAAUUAUGUUUUGACUUUCUUAGAAAAUAUGAAAUUGUAACUUUAAGUGAGAGUGGUGAAAUUUGGUGUAUAGUUUUAUUACAUCAAUACCUUGACUAAGUUCGAUAAUAGGCAUUUUCUGCUGAGGGUAAGCAGAGUGAUAAGCAAUUUGAUUGGUCGAGACUUUGGAACACAAUAACUCUCAUUCUAAUUGAGUUAGAAUGUCCACACUUGGCGUAGGUGUCUAUUAGGUGAAUGCCUUGAUGGAGUUCAAAGAUGAGAAUUUUCUGCUUAGGGUAAGCAGAGAUAAGCAAUUUGAUUGGUUGAUGCUUUGGGACACAAUAACUUUGGUUCUAAUUAAGUAAGAGUGAGGACACCUGGUGUAUAGGUUUAUUACAUCAAUACAUUGACUAAGUUCGAUAAUGAACAUUUUCUGCUGAGGGUAAACAGAGCGAUAAGCAAUUUGAUUGGUCGAGACUUUGGAACACAAUAACUCUCCUUUAAUUGAGGUAGAAUGUUCAAACUUGGUGUAGGCGUUCAUUAGGUGAAUGCCUUGAUGGAGUUAGUUGAUGACCAUUGUCUGCUUACGGUGUAGUACUACCGGACUUCUUUAUUGGUUGUGUUUGUGAUCGUAAAUAACACUACAGUAAUACUGAUUUCCCAACUUUAUUACUAAAUUGUACUGGCUUUCAGGUUCCUCGUUCUCAAUGGUAAUGACUGGUAAGAAUUUCUGGGUGAGCUCUAAUCUAGCUCUCCUCUACACCCUAAUUUAUACCCCCUACUUUCCCAGGUCUUCAAUAACCUUGACGUGAAUUUCCACGCCAUAUAAGGAAUAAAACUCUAUAUUUCCCACAAACAAGACAGGCAACAUUACCUAUUUUUGGUCAACCGACCAUAGGUCAAUAAACAGCUAGAAUUUGAUGACUAUUUUGACAAUGAUUAUAAUUUAACUAAAACAUCAACGUUUUUUUAGAACAACUAUAACCACGUUCAUUUAGUACUUAUGAUUUGACUUUAUAGACCAAAUUGAAGAGACAAUUUUAUAAAGAGCCAAAAUAGUCUCAAGGGCCAUAGUGCUACAAUGGUAAGCAGAGAUAAGCAAUCUGAUUGGUAGAUGCUUUGGGGCACAAUAAUUUUGGUUAUAAUGAAGUGAGAGUGAUGAAUAUAGAUUCAUUAUAUCAUUACCUUGACUAAGUUCGAUGGUGAGAAUUUUCUGCUUUUGCUAAGGAGCGGUAAGCAAUUUGAUUGGUCAAGACUUUAGAACAUAACUUAAUAUAGAUGUUCAUUAGGUGAAUGUCUUGACUGAGUUUAAUGAUUAACAUUUCGAGCUAAAGCUAAGCAGAGCUAAGCAAUUUCAUUGGUCGAUGCUUUGGGACAAGAUAAUCUUGAUUCUAUCUGAUAGAGAGUGAUGAAACUUAGUGUAUAGUUUGAUUGCUCAAUACUUUUGAAAAAAAUAAUGUGUGAUUAAUUAAUGUGUCAUCUAUUUAUUUUGGGAUUUCAACGGGGGACAUCAGCCUCACUGUUGGCUUGUUUUUUUGUUUUGUUAAAGAUACAGUCUUGCAAUCUUAUAAACCCAUUUUUAUCAGAAAGUAUCGAAUGGAGCUACAACAAAUUGAUUAAAAAUAUUUUGACCAUUGUGUCUGAGUUUGCUGGCAUCUCACAUUGUAUGAUAGCCAUGCUCAUUGUCUUACUGCUGGAGUACUUUUUCCAAUCAUUUAUGUUUAGGAUCUUGAUUAUGAGAGAAAUCCUCCUGCAGAUACAUGUUUAGGGCAUGUAUAAUGUACGGUAGCAUGACUGUAACUACAUGAUUUAACUGCUAGCAUUAAUGUAAAAGGUUUAAUUAUUAUAUUUAAAUUAUUAUACUAGAUUUGCCAUAAUAUGUUAGCAUUCAUAUUAAUUAUACUAAAUUAAUGAUCUUUUAUACUGUUAUUGCAUUCAUAAUGUUAUUGUUUACCCAAAUGGUUGAGAUAUUUUAUUGUAAAAUCAGAAUUAUUGUUGUCAGAAUUAUUGUUGUCAGAAUGAUUGUGGCCAGAAAUGGUUGGACUGUUGAAAUAUUUUAUUGUAAAAUCAUUAUAUUAAACAUGCAUUAUGCAAGAGCAAAAUCUGCUUAUUACAAGUCUUUCUUUAGGCCUGAAAUGUUAUCUAAAUUAUCAAUUAGACAUUAAUUAACUUAUCCAGACCAUAAUAAACUCUCGAUGUCAAGGCUAGCCUUCGAUGUUGGCUGGAUUUGAUUCUUAUAUGCCACUAACGGCCAUUGAUAAUUAAAUCAAAAAAAGUGGAUAACCGAGACUAUGCUGUUUAUAUUAAUGAUUUUAGUAAUGAUGACCGAGACUAUGCAAAAAUUUCACCCGCUUCUUUCUUGACUCGUAGUGGAUCAAUUUGACUGAAAUUUUCAGCAAAUUACCUUUACACUAUCUAGUUUUUAACUAUUAUAGCGAAAACUGGCAUCUCUUUUUCUUAUCUCCCAUAAUGUAUCUUUAAGGAAAUGUUUUUGGGUUUUUUUUUAAUAAUUACAGAAUGUCUUUGGAAUUGUAUUUUCACAAUAUUGGAUCAUAGAAAAUCCUUUUAAUACAAAUGUUGAAACUUGGUGUGGCGAUAAUACACUGCCUUGGCUAUUCCAAUUUUUUGUAUGAAUUCUGCUGGUAUGAAUUACUGUCUUUUUUACUAGUCUACAUGAGCUACUAAACUGGUAUUGUUAUUGUGCAUGUACAUAUAUGAUAGAAUUUAUCAAAAUUAAGAUUCUUUUGGGGCUUACAUAUACAAUUAUAUUAUAUAGAUGUUUGUGGUAAUAAACUGGUUAAAAUCUA